CAAAGUGUGCAAGCCACACCUCCACAGCUACGUCAAAUUAACUCUGAAAUUGAAAUAAAUGGCUGACGACAUCCAGCAACUGCAGCCCACAAAUAUAUCAGUGGCUCUAACUGCCUCUGAGCCUGAUCCUGCCUCUUCAACGUUGGUCGUCACGACAAUUCGAAGCCCAGGGAUUUCAAUCCAAGGAGAAGGCCCUAGAUCCAGUCAUGCCACUAAUGGAGCGACGCCAAGCCUUGUAAAUGGAUCCUCUAGUAUAAGUAGAUCCCCCAGUACGUCUAUUCACGGACAAGCUCAGCAAGAGGAAAAUGCAGCACUUCAUAGAGAAACUACUCCACUGUUACGUGUAGAUCUAACUGGGUUUAGAGGAUGGAGAUCAGAUAAACUUAAAAUACGGAAGCUCCUGGUAAUAUUGUCAAUGAUUGCCGCUUAUGUCGUCGUGAUUUCCUUAAUUUUUUUCGGUUGUAUAUACGGUACCAUUAAACCAAUAUCACACUCGCUCUCAAAAGUCUCACCGACCAGUGUAGAGGUACUAAACCCUCUGCCGGGUACCGAUUCACUAGUUGAGUUACUAACGGUCAAUGGAUGGAAUAUUAAAGAUUACCUGAUGUGGGUAAAGUCUGACGAUGGCGAGGAUUAUAAUGUACUGAAAGUUUACGAAAUAGAGGAGAGGAAGACAAAUUGGAGUAAUGCAACUUACGAGAGCACACUAACAAACCAACCACUGCCGUUUUAUUACGCCUUAGCCGGUUCUGAAGUCGUUUUCAAAAUUUUUAGCAUCGAAGACGAAGAAAAUGGAGAUAGUGAAAUCACGGGAAAGAUUUCCGUUACAUUCCAGCUCCUUGACCAAAAUGAAGCAUCAUUUUGUAAGCAAACUUAUGAAGUUGAAGUGAACGAAAGUUUAGAUAUCAUCAAAACUUGUCGUAUUCCUCAAAAUGGCUACUAUAGUGUCUCGUACAUUGGUAGCAGCACUAAAGCUAUUACCAAUAUGACGUAUAAUACUUUGCUAUUUGACGUCAACGGCCUGAAACCCUCUUGCCUCUUUAAUCAAUACUCUAACUGCUCUCAAUACGUCUCCUUGGGCAAGAAACCGAUUCUUGUUUUGAAGUUUAAUCUGAGCCUUUCAACCUUCAACGUUAAUUUCUCGUUCACUCCAAGAAAGGAGCUAUAUUGGUUUGUUGUGGUCCCUAUUGUUAUCGCUUCUAUUGCAGCUGGUAUAUUGGCACUUUUGUGCUAUUGCCUUUAUUCACGUUUCGUCCAUCCUCGCAUUGACAAAACAUUUGAAUAAUAACUUUCAUUAAAUGGUACACAGUAUAACAAUAAUGUCAAAAAUCAUACUUAUAACAUAAUGUUCAAUUGUUCAGUGAAAUGCCUCUAUUCCUUGCUCUAUUGUUAUGUUGUUGUGAAUAGAUUGAUUAUUUUUAAUUAAA